AUGAGUAUUAUUACUUCAAAAUUUUCUUGAAGGGCUUUUCAAAUUUGCUAAAUAACAAAAAUUUUAUUUCACAAAGCUAUUCUGGAGAAAAAUGUCACACUCCAAAGAGGAACGCAUAAAAGUCACUUUCGACAAGAAGGAGUUGCAAAAUCGAAUUUGCAAAUUUUCAUUUCGUGAAGCGCGUCGUCAUGCCGGCGAUCUUUACAAAGCUCUGGUGCAGGAACUGCGUGAAGAUGGCUGUUUGGUAUCGGCAAAAUAUUUUGAAUUUUUGGCAGCCAAAGAAACGGAUUAUUAUCUCAACAAUGUUAUACGAGAUCGUGUAAUGGACAAUGAAAGCUUGCUAAUGUCUCUCUAUGACAAUUGUAAAAUGGCCGAGAGGUCAGCUCUGCUGGAGCAAUGUGAGGGGAUGGCGGUAACUUUUAAUUUGUUAUAUCAAAUUGUGGCGCUAAUGGAUGAACCGAAAUAUGUCACAAAAUUUAAUUGGCUGCGGCGUGAUAUCUAUGAGAUUGUGGCGAAAAUAUCCGAUAAGGUUGGCAAUGGGAAGGCCAAUGUUGAGCGGCCAAUUGCAAUGAUUUAUUUGAAAUAUGGCAAUUUUUUGAGUGGGGAGAAUGAGAAUAUGAAUCUCGCUUUGCAUUACUACGACAAGGCAAUGGCUUUGGCUCAAACCCACAAAUGGAUUACACAGUCCAAUCAACCUGAUGCUCAUCCUGCAUUAAUGUGUGUGCACACCACCAUCGUGGAGCAAUAUGUGGCUGCACUUUUGAAAUUUGGCAAAGUAAUUGCCGUUCGCGAUUAUUUGCAAGCCGUAGGCUUAGGUCAAAAGGCCCUAUGCAUCCUAACACAAGUGGGUCGAAAUGUGCGAAACUUACAUCAGUUUGUAAACAUUCAUUUGCACAUUGCUGAAUUCUACAUUGAGGGGGAGAAAUAUGAAAUCGCUUUGGCUAUCCUCAAAACUGUUUGUGAUGAUUUGUCCAAGAUUGAUAAAAGACAUGCGGAAGAAAUGACAAUGCGUUUUGAUCUCAAUAAGGGAAUUUGCCAUACUAGUCUCAAACAAACCAAUGAAGCAAUGCAAAGUUUAAAGGAAGCUCUCAAAUUGGCACAGAAACUACAAUUGCAAUCAGCUGAGGCCCAGAUCCAUAUGGAAAUGGGAAAAUUAUAUUUGCAACAGGGUGGCAGUCAACGUAAUAUGGCAAGGAAUGCAUUUCUCAAAUCCAAGCAAAUUUACAAAACUUUGGGGAACAUGAAAAAUUCCAGCAAAAAUAAAUACUUUCUGGCCCAAUGCCUAAGUUCGGCAAUAUUUCCCCUGUUUAUGGAUCUCAUGAAGUCAAGUGAUAAAUAUUGUAAUUUAUUUCAUUUGCGUCGUUGGAAAUAUCAAUUGAAACCGUUUUGGCGUAAUCAGCAUCUGAGAAGUGACAUGGAUGAUGAGUUGAAAUGCCUGAUGGAAGAAUUUUCGAGGAAAUCGACAUUGAAUUAAAAAUAAAUUUUAAAUAAUGCUUAAAUUCAAUUUUUUAUUUAAUAAACAAAUUUUAAUUUUAAAAUCAAUAAUA